CCACCCUUUCAGAGCACUCCAGCUCAUUCCUUCCCGGCCGGAGUUAAAGUUCUGCACGACUGCCGCGACGCCACGAUCGACAUCUGUUUUGUCCACGGUCUGACUGGCAAUCGGGACAGCACCUGGACCGCGAAUGGACAGUCCAAACCUUGGCCCGAGACGCUCCUGCCGCCCAAGCUCAGCAGAGCUCGCAUACUCACGUACGGCUACGAAGCGUACAUCGUGCAGAAAUCGGUCGCAUCGACAAAUAGGCUGUUCGAUCAUGCCGCGAACCUCUUGAGCCAUCUGUCGCUCGACAGAGAGUUGUCGAAUGCGUCCUCUCGACCGCUAGUCUUUGUUGCCCAUAGCCUCGGCGGCCUUGUCUGCAAGGAAGCCAUUCUUCUCUCCCGAAGGAGCCCCGAACUAUAUUUAAGGGGCAUAUUCGACUACACAAAGGGCAUCAUAUUCCUAGGCACGCCUCAUAGGGGAUCCUGGAUGGCCGAUUGGGCUAAGGCACCGGCUUCAGCCCUUAGGAUCCUCAAGUCCACCAAUACGUCGUUGUUAGAGAUCUUAAAGACAGACGAGCAGUACCUCCAGUCCAUUCAAGAUCAGUUCUUAUCUAUGGUACGCGAACAGCAGGAGGCCGGUCGGGAUUUUCAGGUCACGUGCUUCUUUGAAGAACUUCCCUUGCCUGUGGUCGGAAAGGUCGUCUCUCAGGACGCGGCUACCCUUGAGGGUUAUAAAGCGAUCAGCAUCCACGCCAACCAUAGCAACAUGGUCAAGUUUAGCUCCACGGACGAUGAUGGCUUUAGAAGGCUGCUUGGCGAGCUGAUUAGAUGGGAAUCGCAAAUCAGGGACUCAGCUUCCAGGCAACCAGGACGGCCGAUAGAAGAAGCCCCGAUUAAAAAGUCGGCCAACUCGUCUUUCAACGCUCCUGACGGUACCGUGAACAAGAGCAAAGGCAGUGGCAAACAUUUUGCUGGGGCUACUUUCUCUGGGCCAGUGUAUUUC